ACCUGAACACACACUGUUCACUUGUGUCUGGAAGAUCUUCUCUGUUUGAAAACUCUCGAGUCGUUGGUUGGACUGAAAAAUCGUUGUGAGAAUUUCGCUGUGGCUUUGUCCUUUAAACCUGUUCGUUGAACCUGUUCUGUAUUUUGACAUACAGCAACAAAAUGUCCUCUGUUGAAGGAAGAAUGACCAUCUACAGACCCAUCAGGGUGUUGUUUGACACACCCAUAUAUGAGCGAGCUCUGCAGAUCUGCUGGCACUUGCCCUCUUAUAAGUGUAUGAUUGCACUGAUGUCUCAGUUGAUGAGGCUUCAGCAGAAAAACCAGCUCCCAUCUGAGGUGACUGCUGAAAAGAUGAGUGAGCUGCUGGUUGAGCAGAGCAGAGAGACACUGAGAGUACAGCUCUGGGAGUUUGACCUGGACGGUUAUGAUGCUGACGUCAGGCCUCUUCUUCAGCUGGUGUGGGAGGUGAACAACAGCAUGAAGAUGAGAGACAUUGAGUUUGAAGCCAGAAGGCUGCUCAGCUGUCCAGAGGCCGUCCCUCCUCAUUUUCAACAUCCCAAGAUCAUCAGCCAGGCCCUGAAGUAUGCCGGGAUCCUGACCGAGCAGCAGCAAAAAGGCCCCAAGUCCAAACUGCUCUGCCCAAUGGAGGUGGUGUUAAAAGUGCUUCCAAAAGUCCUGCAGGGCUUCUGGUUGCCCCCUCCAAACACCUCCUUCAACAUGCCCUCCCAGCAGCUGAGUAAAAUGGCUGUUGGGGUGACAAAAGCAGUUCAGGACCGGGUAUCCAAGGCUCUGUCCUCUGUGGUCCUUCAGGCCACUUUCUCCUCCUCCAUCAGAGACAACAUGGUCCUGUCUAUCCAGGAAAAGGUUAGACAGGGUUACCCUCAAGACGUCCUGGUGAAGCGGCUUAACAGCUUUGCAGCAGAGGUGCUGAACACCAUCACUGAUGUUGCAGUGAGAGAGAUAUGUGCGCUGUUUCAGCCUCAGACUCCACAAGCUGUUCAGACCCCCUCUGAUGAACCUCCUGCACAAACUGACAUCCAGAAUGCCUUUGACAGAAGCCUGGAUGAAACUGAACCAGGACCAGACUCGGCUGUGGUUCCUACUCUACCACAUCCCCUGGCCCCCCCUGAUGAACCUCCUGUUAACUCUGCAGUGGAGGAUAACCUCACAACUUGUGCUCAACCUGCACAAACUGCUGUCCAGAGUAUCUUCACCAGAAGCCUGGAUGAAACUGAGAAACAGCCAGAACCCAGUCCAGAACCAGACCUUUGUUGAUGAUGAUGCAGAGGCCAGUACCAGCUCUACUGAAGAUGAGGAGCCUGGUCUGCAGGAGGAGAUCAAAGGAAUGGUCUCUGCUGUCAUUACUACUCUACCAGCUCCAGCUAAACCUUCUGCCCAUACUGCAAUCCAGAAUCAGGCUCUGUUGUGGUUUCUACUUUAACAGCACUUUUCUUUACUUUAGUUUUUUUUAUUGUUCAUUUCACUUGUUGUAAAUAAAAAAAAAUGCAU